AUGGGAACCAAAGUUCUAACACUUAGUAAGUUUCAACAUCCUGAAAUUACUAAGUAUCGAUUGAAAAAGGAUGAUUGUAGAGUAAAGUUUGAGCAAGGAUCUUUGAGAAGCUUUUCUUCUUCUUCUAGUUUAUAUGAAUUGUCAAAAAUUGAAGGAGUAUCUAUUGGAAAUUUGGUCACUAGAGUAUUGAUAAAUUUGUGGCAUCAAGGAAUCCCAAUUAAGAGAAAGGGUCAUGGCGCAGCUAUUGGAAAAGAUCUAGAGGAGAGGCGGCGUAAAAAUGGAAAACCACUGGAAGUAACGUUUUGCCCACGAACGUACAAGGUUGUUGGGAGCGAGCACGCUGCUUUUGUCCGCCUUGUGGGAACCCAAAUUAAAACGAAAGUUCCCGAACAUUACGGUUCAUGGGAAUUAGUGCCUCAACAAUACAAGGAUCAGGUCCUUGCCAUAAUUCAGUACUAUUAUCAAAUAGCGGGCCGCGAGGAUUUCUUAAAGUGUUUAAAUGGUAUCGAUCGAGAGAUGAAAGACCGAUACCGCAAUAGGAAAACACUAAGACACGAACACUUUGAGAAAUACUACAAUGGACCGGAGGAUUGGGAUAAGGUUCUAAACAACCCAACCAAUGAUGUUAACAAGGAGGAGUGGAAGCAGAUUUGUCAGUUAUUUACAAGUCCACAAUUUAUUGCGCGCUCCAUAAAGAAUAAGGAAAAUCGGAAGAAACAAAAGUAUUCUACAACACAGGGUACAAAAUCGCUGGCAGCCGUCCGUUUUGAAAAAACGAACCCGGACCUCAUUGAGUCAUGGAAGGAUUAUCAUUGGAAGAAAUCAAAAAAUGAUUUCGUGAACGAUGAUGCUCGCCAAGAUUAUGAAAAACUGAAGGCUGAUUUUGAGUUACGAACUCAGCAAACAUCCACUGAUGCUUCUAAUAAUGAUAGUCCGUCAUCAGUUGACCAGGAGGAGGUGCUACAAAAAGUAUUAGGUCAAAGGCGUGGACAUGAGCGAGGAGUGGGCCGCAAAUUGAAGGGGUCGGGGUCGGGGUCGGGGUCGGGGUCGGGGUCGGGGUCGAGGUCAUCAUCUACCCAACACUCUCACUUCAGCGAGUCUCAAGUUCCUCCUCAUCAUUCAAGAGAAUAUAUAGAAAAUCUGGAGAAUAAUUUACAGAAAUUGACUGAUCAAGUUAAUUUCUUAACUCAAUAUUUUGUACCUUCAUUUCGUCCACCAAACGUUCAGAUGCCGCAUGUGCCUGAUAGUUACAAUACUUCUAGGGCUUCGUCUUCUCAUCCUCCAGCUCCAACUCUUCCUUCUAUGUACGGGGCAGCGCCGUCUUAUCAUAUGAGUAGUAUUAGGGGCGACAUUGUCGCCUCUGGUAAUAUGCUACGUGUACAAUCUGGGGCGACAGAAUAUAGUAUUAGGGGCGACAUUGUCGCCCCUGAUAAUAUGCCACGUGUACUAUUUGAGGCGACAUAG